UGUUCUUUGCAAAGAUGGUGAUCUUCAGUGUUUAUGUAGUUAACAAGGCUGGUGGUUUAAUUUACCAGUAUGACAACUAUGUUCCAAGAGCGGAGGCGGAGAAAACUUUUAGUUACCCUUUGGAUUUAGUGCUGAAACAUCAUGAUGAGAAAGUAGUCGUUUCUUUUGGGCAACGCGAUGGAAUUAAAGUUGGUCACGCAGUGCUGUCAAUAAAUGGAGUAGAUGUGAUGGGCAAGAACACUGCAGAUGGGAAGGACAUCCUGGAAUACCUCAAAGACUCCUCAAAUUACCCCGUAUCUAUUCGGUUCGGACGGGCCCGGUUGAGCUCCAAUGAAAAACUAAUGCUGGCUUCUAUGUUUCAUUCGUUAUUUGCCAUUGGAUCACAGUUGUCUCCAGAAGUUGGCAGUUCUGGGAUUGAGAUGCUAGAAACAGAUGUCUUUAAAUUGCACUGCUUUCAAACUUUUACAGGGAUUAAAUUCAUUGUAAUGGCGGACCCUCGGCAGUCUGGAAUUGAUGCGCUGUUAAGGAAGAUUUAUGAAGUUUAUUCAGAUUAUGCACUCAAGAACCCCUUCUAUUCCCUAGAAAUGCCAAUUAGGUGUGAAUUGUUUGACCAGAACCUAAAGAGUGCCCUGGAAGUAGCAGAGAAGGCUGGGAACUUUGGAGCUGGAUCAUAAACAAAAAUGCAUACAUAUUAGCAUGCUUCUU